AUGAAGCCUAGGGUGCUCCAGCAUCGCUCAGGCUACCAGCUCACACACGACCUCCCACACCGCAUCUACGAUGCCCAUGUCUACCCAAGAACCUCCUCCAAUGGGUCUACGGUAAUCGUCUACAGUCAUGACGAUGGACUGCGCAUUGUCUGGUACGCCGGAAAGCGUUUCAAGAAACCCUUACCACCCAGCGAGAAAGUCAAUGGUCACGCCAACCAGGCCACCGAUGUCAUCGACUUAGACUCCGACGACGAUGAAGCCGCUCCCAAGCCGGCCGAGUUUGACGAUGCUGAUGAGGCCGUCGAUCCUGCUGCCCCAUACCGAGCAAUCCUCCGUCAUAUCGACGUCCCUCUUGGAAGCGCCGCCCUCAAGGUAGCAGUACUCCGUGGGUCUCAGGAACUGUCCGAGGGUGCACCAGCUUUGCUCAAAGACAACAUCAUAUUGGCUGCCGGAUGCGCUGACUGCCUUGUGCGAGUCAUUGCUGUCCCGCUGCAGCCGCCUGCACCAGAGAACAAUGACAUCUCCCGCCUAGGAGUGCAGGUCGCGAAGUUGUCUGGCCACCAAGAUCUAGUGUCUGCGGUCUCGGUCACUACUACCAUUGGACAUGAUAGCGACAUAGAAGACGAAGAGGAUGAGAACGCAGCCAAGUCAUGGUCAUUAUUAGUCGCUUCUACGUCGUGCACCGGCUCCGGCCUAUUGCUUGUCCAUCAGGUCCAGGUUCAAGGCAACAAAUUGCAAUCAAAUGCGGCGGCUAAUAAACUCAUCCGUCGUGUGAGCAUGCGUAGCCCUUUGCAUGCUGCCAAGCUAUCCUUCAACACAGCCUCGCACGAAGCAGAGCGGCACUCGAACCUCUUGGUCAUUCUACCUGAUGCUGCUGUGGUCAAAGUCUAUCAAGUGUUCACCAGGGCAAUGUCGAGGAGACGAGGCUCGGCCGCUACACUCGAUUCGGUGUCGACCCCACGUUCAACAACCGCAUCUGGCGUGUCUGGAAGGUUUUUGAUCACAUUGCAUCCUGGGUACCGAUCUGAGCUGAACUCGAUUGGUAGCAGGAUUCGACCGUUAGAUGCAGCAUGGAUCUGCUCGGGCAGAGCAAUCAUUGCCUUCCUCGAGAAUGGUCAGUACGGCAUUUGGGAUUUUGAGGCUGCAGGGCCGCCUACCGAUACUGUCAUCAAGAAUCAAGGCAACGUCGUUGGCAUUUCCGGCGGCACAGUCUCGAAAUUCGCUGUGAGUGGUACGCUCGAACGAAGACGAGGCUACGAGGGUGAAUCAAGCCGAUUCAGCACGGGCAGCAUCGCGGUUGGAUCAUCAGGCGUGGAUGGUGACGACGCGGUCAUGUUCAGCGCUGUGGCCGAGAAGGAGGAUGCAAGCACAGGCCUAGUUUUCAUCAACAGGUAUCUCUCAUCAACAGCGACGUGGUGGAAGAGCAAGAGCAGUGGUAAAGGCUCUCUGCAACCGAACGAUCGACCAGCUACUUUGCCAGAGCUGAAGAGUUCUGUCAGCGAAGUGAAAGGAGUUGGGCUACUCCCAGAUUUCGUGGACCAGAAGUCCCGGCUGGACUUUGAUACUGCACCAAACUUCAUGCUAGCAACAGGUGCACAGCUUCUGCUGUAUGUGUCACCUUCAAUCCAGACAGAUGACCCAGCAGAACAGUCUCGAGCGGUGUCAGUCGAACAAAGCCUCUUGGAGCGUGGCGACCUGGAUCUGGAUGGCGUUGACCGAUAUCUGGAAAACAUGCAACAAUCACGCCCCCACUCUCGACAAAUCUCGCAGUCCCGAAGUGGUGCAAAGCCCAACUUCGGUUCAAGCAUGAUUAGCGAAGGCGGAAUGGAUCUGGAUUCUCCCAUGCCGGCGCUGAGAUUCGCUCCAGCAAUCAACACAACUUCUCAGAACACCAAAAGACGAAUCUUCUCCUAA